CCUCUCAGUGUGAUUCUGCAGCUCAUUAGUUAGUUCAUCCGAGUGAUUUAGCCGAACAGUUAGGGUUUAGAAAACUAUCAUUGUGAUCAGUACCUCCACACAGCUUUGCUGAUAUUCUAAAAUGGGGUUCGUUCGUAUAUAAGCUUUAUUUUUAAGGGGUGUGUCCUCUGAACGUAUUGUUUUGAAUCUGAAUCUGACGUCAGCGGACAGCUGUGUGUAUUAAUGCACUGGUGUUUUCAGUGCGGGAUGUGCAAGGACAGCUGUCGCUAACACUGACCAAGCUGUUGUGGGUUUUUCUUUCGUCCGCUGGAGAGGGAGGCAGGCAUUGGGCUGUGUACCUUUAAGAGAGGGCGGAGAGAGUUAGAGCCCCGGGGCUGUGUGCUGAACACAGUACUGAUCCUGUUUAGGUAUCUUUUCCUUUUUUCUCUUCUGUUUUUUCGUGUUGAUUUUUACUGUGCUAUGUAUUAUUCAUAAAUGACGCUUGGAGGCGGAGUUUAGACACAGUAUCAGUAAUAACAGCAGUGUCGAGACGAGAGGAGGAGAACUCGCUGACACUGAAGAUCCAUGUCUUCUCCAGCUUCAACCUGAAAAAUGAUAGAGAUGUCAUUUGACAAAGGAACUGUUUUAUCCUGUGAGGGCCAAACAGACCCCACUUCCCAACAGCACUCAGAACUUACUAGAAAUGUUUCCAGCAUUGACGAUCUCCAUCCAUCUGACAAGACCACAGUUAUAAACCUCAGCAAAGAGGGUGGUGAAAAGGCAGGAAGUGAUGCAUUAGUGGAGCACAGAGAGAAAACCAAUGCCACAGAUAACAACGCUGCGAGUGACAGUGGGGAUGUUGGGAUCGAAUCGUCUACACAAACCCAAAAUGGCACCCAGCAGCCCAAACCUCAACAGCAGAAAGUCAAUAAGCGGCGCAACACUAUGAGUUCUGGAUUCAAACACCCUGGUUAUGGUAAACGACGACGCCGUGCCAACUCAGACAGUGAGUCAGUCCUGCCAACGAAUUUCCUAAUGGGCGGGAACAUUUUUGACCCACUCAACCUUAACAGCCUUCUGGAUGAAGAGGUGAACCGGGCUCUUAAUGCAGAGACACCCAAGUCCUCGCCAUUGCCUGCCAAAAACAGAGACCCUGUAGAGAUUCUGAUACCCAGAGAUAUCACAGACCCCCUCAAUCUCAAUUGCCUUAGUGCAGGACAUAGAAGUCAGUUGACGUCUCCCUUAAAAGGUAGCGGAGGCAGGCGAAGACAUCGAAACAAGCACCAUGGAGCAAGCACUGGAGGAUGUGGGAAAGGUUUUGGUGAAGGAGUCGCACAGAUCGAUUUACUCGAGCCUAACGGCUGUGCAACAGUACAAGAUGAUGGAAAACCAACGCUCCCCUUGACACAUUUGCACUCGGGGGUUCAACAAACGUGUUCAAGUGUGGUGAACACCCUUGUUCCUGAGGACCAGACGUUAUCGGACUCGACUCUUGAGGCUCAGUGUUCAGAUAAGCCCAGUUUAACCACAAAUGGCGGUGAGGUGAAGGAGAAAGCCAUUGACACCUCAACUGCACCUCCAUCUACAAACCCCACCAAUGCUCCAUCAAACAGGCAGCGCAAACGCAGGCGUGCCGGCGGCAGAUUGGAGAACCCAGACAGUGCAAAUGAGGUGAAAAGUUGGGGUCAGACUCAGAGAUCUGGAAGGCCUUCUCAGGCUUUUCACACGCCAGGAACGGGCUCUCGUACCGGAGCAGCAGAAAGACCACAGCAAAAUCCGAACCAUUGGAGGCCACAGUACAACAACAGCAACAACCAGCCGAAAAAGAAGUUCCAGUUCGGCAACUAUAAUAAAUACUAUGGUUAUCGGAACCCAGGUCUGAGCGAGGAUCCUCGUAUGCGUGUUUUUAAUCCCGAGUGGUUCCGAGGGAAGGCUGUGUUGGAUCUGGGCUGCAACACCGGUCACCUGACGCUGUCCAUCGCCAAAAAUUGGCGUCCGGCACGGAUUGUGGGCCUGGAUAUUGAUGGAGCAUUGAUACACGCUGCUCGGCAGAAUAUACGGCACUAUCUCUCUGAGGUCCACACGCAGCAGGCCCGACGUUCUGGGGAAAAUGGGGAGGGGGAUCGAGGGGAAGGGAGGGAGAGGAUGGAAGAAAAGAGUCAGGGGAAGGAGACAGACAAAGAGAGUUUUGUUGUGAAAGAGGAUGAGGAUGGGGAAAAAACAAAGCAUGCGGAUAAAGUGAACAAAUGCAUGGUCGGGGAAGGAAUGGAAGUUGGUCGAGAAGAGAAAGGCCGAUCCACAGAGGCUGAUCAGCGAGGAAAGAGUGGGAAAAUGGAAGAUGGAGCAUUGGUAAGUCUCCCUGAUGCGAAGCAUUCAUUCCCUGUCUCGCUCCGGAUCUCAAGAGGACCCAUAGCUGGCCCCCCUUUGCCUGAGACAAACACAAACAGUCUCCCUCCUGGAGAUUUCCCUGCUAAUGUGACCUUUGUCAAGGGGAACUAUGUGCUGGAAAGUGAUAUGUUGGUGAAGAUACAAAAGGAAGAGUAUGACGUGAUUCUAUGUUUGAGUGUGACAAAAUGGGUCCACUUGAACUGGGGUGACGCUGGACUCAAGCGGCUCUUCCACAGGAUAUACAAUCACUUGCGGCCAGGAGGACUCUUCAUUUUGGAGCCUCAACCCUGGAGCUCCUACAGCAAGAGAAAGAAGCUCACUGAGGACAUCUGUAAGAAUUACCAUGGCAUCCGGUUAAAACCGGACCACUUCUCCUCCUUCCUGACCGCUGAUGUGGGAUUCUCCAGCUAUGAGCUCAUCGGAACUCCACAAAAUUACUCUAGAGGCUUUCAGAGACCAAUCUACCUUUUUCACAAAGGACCCUCGCCUCAAAAGUGACACCACCAGUUUGACCGCCAACUUUGAAAUCCACAAAUUUGAAGAUUAUGAAAACAACCAGCAUUUGAAAUCAAUGGAACUUUAAGCAUUUUCUUUUGAAAUUGAGAUGAGACUUUCAAUAUUUUGAACUCAUUGGUGCUGAAUAAGAUUUUAUUUUCUCCUUAAAUCUCACAUUUC